AUGCAGGCCCCCUCACUGUGCCACCAGGAUCCUCAGCCUCAAAAGUAUGACACACCCUGCGAAGCUUCCUACCAGCGCUUCAGUCAGUACCAGUACGAAGAAGCAGCUGGGUCUCGGGAAGCCUUCUGCAAGCUCUGGGAGCUUUGCACUCAGUGGCUGAAGCCAUACACAUGGUCUGUGGAACAGAUCCUGGCUAUAUUCGUGAUGGAGAAAUUCCGGCAAAUUGUACCCGCACGCACCGGGGCCAGCCCGAGCCAGCCCAAUGAGGAGAGUAGAGAGCAACUUUUCACACUGAUAGAAGAUCUGCGGGAAGACAACAGGGAACCAGAGAACAAGAUCGACGUGCGUGAUACACUCUUGGAAGAAGAACUGGAGCCAAUGAGUCCAUUACUUACACAGUCAGACAUGCAAGUGGACUCAUCUGCAUUCCAGCUGAUGGAUAUUGACCAGGUGUUCCAUGACAUACUACCAGCAGAGCCAGAGGAAAUGAUCGUUGAUAAUGAUAACCAAUGCCUGACUUUUCUGAAUAUUGCUUGUGAGGUUGGCAGUGGGGAUGAUGAAUAUAUGCCAGCACACAUCAAAGGGAUGAGUCCAUUUUCUGCUUUGCUUCCAGAUUUCCUUUUCUCCAAUGAGUAUGACGAUCUGGAACCUCCUGGUGAAGAACCCCCAGAACAGCUGCUGGCUGACAUCAAGGAGCCUGAGGAAAUGCAGGAAUCCUCAGAAAACCAGGACCAACAGGAGGUGCCAGGGACCUCCAGUGAAGCACGGGGGCCUCUCAACUGUAUAGCCCCCACACAGGCUCCUCCCAAUGAGAGGCCUCUCUCUAGUGAGCAGCUAGGGCUAUGUUCUGCUCACCAGCAGCAGCAUAACAUUCAUGUGGAAAUUCACGCAGAAGGGGUGGCACGAGAGGGCCCCAGAAAUGGGGCAGGGCCCUCCUACGGGCCAGUCCGCUCUGGGCACCAGUUCGUUUCCCAUGAGCACGCUGUGUGCAGCAAUUCCUUUGGACAGGCAGCAACUGUUAGCAAGCCACAGGUAGACUACUUUGACCAAGAAAGACAGCAAUGUGGGGUGUGUAAGAGGGAGUUUAUGUACAAGUUGGGCCUGAAGGAACAUGUGAAAACUCAGGUAGUUUCCAGGCCUUACCAGUGUCCCUACUGUGGGAAAACCUUUAGAGGGCAGUCCCAUGUUAUUGCACACCUAGUGAAGCACACUGAUGAGAGACCAUUUCUCUGCCAAUAUUGUCAGAAAAGCUAUAAGCACAAAUCCAGCCUGCUGAGACACUUGAAGAUCCACAAAAGGGAGGAAGGACACAAGGAAAGCCAGGUUUCUCAGAACCCCAUGCACAACACACACUAA